GCCGCCGCCAGAGCGCACGGCCGCCCGACUGCUUCCCGGACUAAUUGCGGGGACCUGGGGCGAGCUCCCGGGGCCGCGAUGCGACCCUCCUGGACGGCGGGAGCCGCGCUCCUGCUGCUGCUGGCGGCGCACUUCCCGGCGCGGCGGGCGCUGGAGGAAAAGAAAGUUUGCCAAGGCACCAACAACAAGCUCACCCAGCUGGGCACGUACGAUGACCACUUCCUGAGCCUGCACAGGAUGCUGAACAACUGCGAGGUGGUCCUUGGGAACCUGGAAAUCACCUACAUGCAAAGGAACUACGACCUUUCCUUCUUGAAGACCAUCCAGGAGGUCGCCGGCUACGUGCUCAUCGCCCUCAACGUGGUGGAGAAGAUUCCCCUGGAGAACCUGCAGGUCAUCCGGGGAAACAUGCUGUUCGAGAACACGCACGCUCUGUCCGUGCUGUCCAACUACGGCCCGGGCAACAGCGGCCUGAGGGAGCUGCCCCUGCGGAACCUGCAGGAGAUCCUGCAAGGUGCUGUCAAGUUCAACAACAACCCCGCCCUCUGCAACAUGGGGACCAUCCAGUGGCGGGACAUCGUCGACAGCAGUUUUCUGAGCAACAUGUCGAUGAACUUUGAGAACUCUUCCAGCAACUGCCAGAAGUGUGACCCGAGCUGCCCCCACGGCGGCUGCUGGGGCCCGGGGAAGGAGAACUGUCAGAAAUUGACGAAGAUCAUCUGUGCCCAGCAGUGUUCCGGGCGCUGCCGAGGCAAGUCCCCCAGUGACUGCUGCCACAACCAGUGCGCUUCGGGGUGCACGGGGCCCCGCGAGAGCGACUGCCUGGUCUGUCGCAAGUUCCGGGACGAGGCCACGUGCAAGGACACCUGCCCCCCUCUCAUGCUCUACAACCCCACCACGUACCAGAUGGACGUCAACCCAGACGGAAAAUACAGCUUCGGCGCCACCUGCGUGAAGAAAUGCCCCCGUAACUACGUGGUGACAGACCACGGGUCGUGCGUCCGGGCCUGCAGCCCCGACAGCCGCGAGGUGGAGGAAGACGGUGUCCGCAAGUGUAAAAAGUGCGAGGGGCCCUGUCGCAAAGUCUGCAGCGGGAUAGGAAUCGGAGAAUUCAAGGACACCCUUUCCAUAAACGCCACCAACAUCAAGCACUUCAGGAACUGCACCACGAUCAGCGGGGACCUGCACAUCCUGCCGGUGGCUUUCAAGGGUGACUCCUUCACGCACACGCCACCUCUGGACCCCAAGGAGCUGGACAUUCUGAAGACCGUGAAGGAGAUCACAGGCUUUUUGCUGAUUCAGGCCUGGCCAGAAAACAGGACGGACCUCCACGCGUUCGAGAACCUGGAGAUCAUACGUGGCAGAACAAAGCAGCUCGGCCGCUUCUCGCUCGCGGUGGUCGGGCUGAACAUCACGUCUCUGGGGUUGCGCUCCCUCAAGGAGAUCAGCGACGGGGACGUGGUCAUUUCGGGAAACAAGAACCUGUGCUACGCGGACACCGUCAACUGGAAAAGGCUGUUCGGGACCACAAAUCAGAAAAGCAGAGUCAUAAACAACACAGACGGAAAGGACUGCAAGGCCCGAGGCCGUGUCUGUCACCAGCUGUGCUCGUCGGAGGGCUGCUGGGGCCCCGAACCCCAGGACUGCGUGUCUUGCCAAAACGUCAGCCGGGACAAGGAAUGUGUGGAGAGGUGCAACCUUCUGGAGGGCGAGCCCAGGGAGUUCGUGGAGAACUCUGAGUGCGUCCAGUGCCAUCCGGAGUGCCUGCCCCAAGCCAUGAACGUGACCUGCACGGGACGCGGACCGGACAACUGUGUGGAGUGUGCCCACUAUAUCGAUGGCCCUCACUGCGUCAAGACCUGCCCGGCAGGGGUCAUGGGAGAAAACAACACGCUGGUCUGGAAGUAUGCAGAUGCCAAUCACGUCUGCCAUCUCUGUCAUCCCAACUGCACCUACGGCUGUAGAGGGCCGGGUCUUGGACUCUGCAAGGGGAACGGGCCCAAGAUGCAGCCCAUCGCCAUAGGGAUCGUGGGCGGCCUCUUCCUGCUGCUGACCGUGGGCCUCGCGGUGGGCCUGUUUCUGCGCAGGCGCCACAUCGUCCGGAAGCGCACGCUGCGCCGGCUGCUGCAGGAGAGGGAGCUCGUUGAGCCCCUGACACCCAGCGGAGAGGCGCCCAACCAAGCCCUCUUGAGGAUCUUAAAGGAAACAGAAUUCAAGAAGAUCAAGGUGCUGGGCUCUGGCGCGUUCGGCACAGUGUACAAGGGGCUCUGGAUCCCAGAGGGUGAGAAGGUUAAGAUCCCCGUGGCGAUCAAGGAAUUGCGAGAAGCCACGUCUCCCAAAGCCAACAAGGAAAUUCUCGACGAAGCCUACGUGAUGGCCAGCGUGGACAACCCUCACGUGUGCCGGCUGCUGGGCAUCUGCCUGACCUCCACGGUGCAGCUCGUCACGCAGCUCAUGCCCUUCGGCUGCCUCCUGGACUAUGUCCGCGAGCACAAGGACCACAUCGGCUCCCAGUACCUGCUCAACUGGUGUGUGCAGAUCGCCAAGGGCAUGAACUACCUGGAGGAGCGGCGCCUGGUGCACCGGGACCUGGCAGCCAGGAACGUCCUGGUGAAGACGCCGCAGCACGUUAAGAUCACGGACUUCGGGCUGGCCAAACUGCUGGGCGCUGAGGAGAAGGAAUACCAUGCAGAAGGAGGCAAGGUGCCGAUCAAGUGGAUGGCCCUGGAAUCCAUUCUGCACCGAAUCUACACCCACCAGAGUGACGUCUGGAGCUACGGAGUCACCGUUUGGGAGCUGAUGACUUUUGGGUCCAAGCCGUACGAUGGGAUCCCAGCAAGUGAGAUCUCCACCACGCUGGAGAAGGGGGAGCGCCUGCCGCAGCCGCCCAUAUGCACCAUCGACGUCUACAUGAUCAUGGUCAAGUGCUGGAUGAUAGAUGCAGACAGUCGCCCAAAAUUCCGCGAGUUGAUCAGCGAAUUCUCCAAAAUGGCCAGAGACCCCCAGCGCUACCUUGUCAUCCAGGGGGAUGAGAGGAUGCACCUGCCCAGCCCCACGGACUCCAACUUCUACCGCGCGCUGGUGGGCGAAGAGGACGUGGGGGACGUCGUGGACGCCGACGAGUACCUCAUCCCCCAGCAGGGCUUCUUCCACAGCCCCUCCACGUCCCGGACGCCCCUUCUGAGCUCUCCGAGUGCCACCAGCAACAACUCCACCAUGGCUUGCAUCGACAGAAACGGGCAGAGCUGCCCCCUCAAGGAAGACAGCUUCUUGCAGCGGUACAGCUCGGACCCCACCGGCACCCUGACCGAGGACAUCGACGACCCUUUCCUCCCGGCGCCAGAAUACAUCAACCAGUCGGUCCCCAAGAGGCCGGCGGGCUCUGUCCAGAACCCCGUCUAUCACAACCAGCCUCUGAACCCCGCGCCUGGCCGAGACCCCCACUACCAGAACCCCCACAGCAACGCCGUGGGCAACCCCGAGUAUCUCAACACCGCCCACCCCUUGAGCGCCGGUGCUGUCCCCGAAGGCCCUGCCCUCUGGGUGCAGAAAGGCGGCCACCAAGUCAGCCUGGACAACCCCGACUACCAGCAGGACUUCCUUCCCAGGGAAGCCAAGUCCAAUGGCAUCUUCACGGGGCCGACGGCUGAGAACGCAGACUACCUGCGGGUAGGCCCCCCGAGCAGGGAGUUCAUCGGAGCAUGACCCUGGACGUAGCAGCGCCCACAGCAAUCCAGGCCCCGGGACCGGCUCCUCCGCCCUGACGGCCGCACCCUCUCGGCUCCCGGAGCCCGGCCUGGCUCAUCUGCGCCGUCUGAUGCCUCCCUUUCACCCCGGAUGUACUGUGGGGGGUCGUAGAGACAUCCCUCCUCUUUGCACCACGAGGGCCCACGAAAGGCAUCUGGAAAAGAACGUCCAUCCGGGCAGAUGCUCACGGAGCAAUGAGGUAUACUGGGGCGGGGCGGGGCAGCUACCUGUAUAUAUAAGGAGUUGUAUUGCUUGGGGACCUCGGGGGUUUUCAACGGUCAGUUACUGGUUUUGUUCUGCGUGGGCCUUUCCAAUGAGGAAGAAGCUUGUCCGUGGGUAGCACUUGCUGCCCUGCGUUGAUGGGGCCCAGCUGGGACCAAAAGCAAGGGCCGGCCUCCAGGGACAGUUGACCCACUGGCUCUGCUUAGAGACUCUGCCAGCUCCAGACAGUUACAGACUGGAAGUCCUCCGUGACCCGAGCACGCCUGGUGGCUGCGGCGUCCAGUCCCCGCAGGUGCAGGAGGCUAAGCCCCUGGAUCCCUUCCUGGGCGAGGGGGACCAAGAGGGACGGAGUCCCCCUCAGACCUCCUUUGCCACGUGCGUCCGCGGUACGUGCUCUGCGUCGGUCAGCCAGCGUCUUGCAAUUCCGAGCGUUCGGAGACUUCCUUGUUCAUUUUCCAUUCCACUGCUCUGAACCCACAUGGGUCCCCCAUCAGCGAGAGGAGACGGUACACAGCCCGGAUCGAGUCAGCGGCACCGGACCGGAAGCCCCGGAUGCGGCCGUUCAGACAGGAUCAUGCCCCCCAGCUGGGGUCUCCGAGGAAACCCAUCAGCCCCUAGAGGGCCCGGGUAGCCCGUAUCCGGAGACUGCGAAAACCUACCUGUGCUUAAAACUCACUUCGUCUCCCCCUAAAAAUUAGUGUAGGCUACUCACGGGAGAUCACUUUUACUUCAUUUUAAACGUUCUCUACUCAAAGGGUACUUGGUUCCGCCCUGGUGAGCUGUCCCCAAAGCGUCCCUUUGCCUUGUGUGAGUCGAGGACCGUGGGGCACGGUGCCGGCUCGCAGCCCUCGCCCCUGCGGGCAGCUUCCCGGGUGGAAACGAUGACGAUGUUCCGUAGCGAGUGGGAUUCGAGCGGCGGAGGUGGGAGGUGAGCUGGACAUGAAGGCCGUCACAGCCUCUGCCAGGUGCAGGAGAGCAGAUGUUUUUCCUUCUUUAAAAAACGUCUCUGUAAUUGGAGGAGCUCCAGCUAGGUAGGAACCGACUCCCCCCAUCUGUGCCCCUACAACCUGUCCGUUCCCGGGGGGCCCAGCAGAGGGCGGGUCACACGCUCCUAAUGAACACCCGCCCCGUCCAGUCGAGGAAGAACCAUUUCCACGACCUCCUUGACCCGUGGGUGUGUUCAGACACACACACGUACAUUUCCUUCCGCUUCGAAUUAUUCACGGGCUCAGAUGGAUCGGGACCCCACAGUUUCAUUACCAAAACUUUAUUCUAUCUCGAUGGGAAUAGAAUCUGCAUUCAGGGUAAUGCUGUCAUGCUCUCAAAUGCUCCUGAGCACCUGUACCAGCCCAGCAAAGGUGCUCAAGGAACCAAAAUAAAUAAAACAAUCCCUGAUUCCAAGAAGUCCACCACGUGGCAGAGGAAAGGGUCUCACCAACGCUAACCGUAGAACAGGGUGACCUUGACAAGCGAGACCUGGCAACCAGGCACUGUGGCAGGAGCAGUGGGUGCCUCCUGGAGACCUGGGGGGCCUGGCAG